AUGGCAGCGAGUCCUCUUCUCAUUACUUCUGACUUGCCGCAGAGCACGUCUCAAAGCCCGGUUGCGCCUCAAAUAACCAAGGCGCGUGGGGACAUCGCGUCGGCAACUUCGACCACCGCGGCUAUGAUAGCGAGCCUUUCACCUCCGGCUACGAGCCCUGCGAGCCGGCAGCUAUCGAUGGCUGGAUCAAAUACAAUAGGCAGCUCCCUACCAGCCACUACGCCGGGGGCUUCUUCGAUUGGAGCUGCCGCCAAAGUAUCAGCGGAAGAUAGUUCGGCACAGCGCCUCGUGCGCAGCGUGAGCGCUUCUACCAAUGCUAGCAACGGAGUGGUGGAUCACACGAUGGAGCGAAGCGGUUCACAUUACAGCCAGCCGCAGUAUGGCCGAGGGCAGGAGCAUCAGAUUGGGCCCCAUGGAUCCUCUGCUCCGCCAAAAGCGAUCCAAGAUCAGGGAAAAUCCAGCUCGUAUACGGCGCUUUGGGAGCUGGUGCGGAAGACGGAUCCGUCUGUGGUUCGACAAGUUGUCCGGGAGAACUGGCAAAAAUGUUUGACCGGAUCAGAUUACCACUCUACCUUUGUUUUAAACGCUACCAUCACCUGCUCCCCCCCUGCGGUCCUGAGCCGCACUCUCUUUGACACCGGCAACAAAAUCGUCAAAACAUCAGGCCGUGAGAUCGCCAAGCAUUUUGGCACUGAGGAUCUUGAUCAGGUGUCAGACCUCUUUGGGCCUAAGCUUAGCGUACACUUUCAAGAUCGGGUUAUGGCUGCUCGUUUGGAGACCAUCGGAGCGCAAGACCUCAUCAACGCUCUGUCCAGAGCUGAGCGUCUUGGCUAUCAUAUCAACGACAUAGUCCAGAAGCAGCCUGGUCCAGGGGGCGAGACCGUUAUUCCAUCCAUGUCGGCAGUCCCUCCGGUGCCACCACACAACAGCCGUGGCGGCGCACCCCCACCUGCAAUGGCACCCUACCAAGUCCAAGGACCCCCGCAGCAGCCUCAGCCAUAUGGAAGCCAGAUGAACAGCAUGAGUCAUCCAGCAGCCCAGCAUUCUUCUCAGACGCCAAAACGGUCUGCUCCAGCCUUGCCGACAUGGGCAAAACAAUGCCGGAUGUGCAAGCGCCCCUGUAGCAGCGAGGAGGCUCUCAGUUAUCAUUUGAAAAAGGCCAAGUGCCAAACUUCAAACCCUCACCCAAUUCCGGUGGAUGGGGAUACAUGCGUUCAUUGCGGCUGCCAUUUUGAAAGCCCUGGAGGUCUCUCCUAUCACUCUAAGAGCGAUGUCUGCGGAAAGCACAGCGAGGAAAAGAAAGCGCAAAUAACUGCAAUACUGCAAUAUACUGCCUGGGGCCAGCCAGCUAGUUCACACGGAGCCACGCCUCCGGCCAUGAUACCCAGUCACGUAGCUAAUACGGUAUACACUCCCGUCUGGAAGCAAAGGGCGGCUGGGCCCUCAUCGACCCCAAGUCCUUCCGGGAACGACCCGUACGCAAAGCUUUCGGCGGCGGAUCGAGUCAAGUUUGACGCGGAAAUGAGAGGGGUCGAUGAAUACUAUGGUAAUCUGAUGAGGGAAGCUUCUGCGAAGUUGCCAGCUGGACAGCGUGAAGAGGAACUCGCUAAGCUGAAAAACCGGUACAAUACCAAGCAGAGUAACACUCGAAAGAAAUACGGAAUCCGGCUUCGCGAGAGGCGUGCCAAUACCGAUGUCGAUCGCUCCUGGAACACCAGCGCCGCAAAGAGGGCCCGCGUUGAUGAUGGACCGGUAGGCCCUCCUCAGCCUAUCCAUAACGAACAGGCAGCAAAUAAUCAAUCACAUUUCCCCAGCGUCAAGGAAUCUCCACGGAUGAGAGUUCCCCUGUCUACGAUGGGAGGGCUGUCGGCUUCCUCGGCUACUGCAGAACUCGUUGAUCCCACAUCAUCUUCCACUCCAGUUAACGGCCAGUCUUCAGCACCAGCUACAGCUUCACUCGGAAUCAACAAAGCUCCGCACGACAAACUACGAGGAACAUCUGGCGACCCUAUGCAAAUCGAUAGCAACGACUCUAGCAAUAGUACGGACUCAGAAGACGUGGAUAUUCCGGCUAGAAUUUAA